UGCGUUUAUAUUGUGUUUAUGUAUAUUGUGGACAUGAUGUCGAUUACAUAAUAAAAAAAUAAAAAAUCUGCUGAAAGCAGAAGAAGCGUGAUUCUCGGGGGUUAAGACGCGCCCUUGUAGGCUAAGUUCCUCAAACAUUGAGGUUGAUGUCAGAGAUUGCUGCGUUGCUCACGAUGAAGAUCUAUGGCUGGAUAGCAGUGGCUGGGUGGCUCGUUCAGGCUCAACAAGGGUCCCCUCUCGAGGUGCACGUGUCUGAAGGGGAGACGGUGGAGCUCAAGUGUCCUCACGCCUCUGCACUCCCGGUCCGGUGGGAAAGAUACAUGGGAGGGACCAUGAUCUACCUACUGGACCACAACAAGGAAGGACACUUCAGCCUGGCCGCGGACAACCGCUCUCUGAGGGUGCAGCGGGCGUUAUCAGAGCACAGCGGCAUGUACCUCUGCCAGGGUAAGAACACAGUGUACCUUAAGGUGGAUCCGCCCCUUCAGGAGGACCAACCAGUCACCUCUGCUGACUACUGGUUGAUCCGGGUGAUCGUGGUGGUGGGCGUGGUACUGGGAGUGGCACUGGGCGCGGCCCUGGUCCUUCUGAUUCAUAGGAAGCACUGUUCCAGGAAAACACUUCAAAACCACAGGAGCGACCCUACACCCGACCCCGUCGUGACCUCUGACCCGACCUCUGACGGGGUGUACGAAGAGAUCCCGGACCAAGGCGACGUCCUGCGUCGGGAAUCAGGCGGUGCAGGCGUUAAUCAGCUGGCCUAUGCCCCGCCCCACGGGAUGGGUGAGAGUAACUGUGCGUGGAACAGGAAGUCCGUCCUCCACAGAGACUCCAUGCUGGCGGCGGCGGCCGUCUACCAAGAGAUGUACGGCCACCCAGACGGCGGCGUCCCCGCCACCUUCCACGUCCUCUACAUGAUUGGCUGGAAGCCCCACGAGUCCCAGGCCCGGCCGGCCAAGCGAGGGUCCGCUACGGUGUCGUUCAGCGACCUGACCCAGGUGGGCCGCACCGUCACCAAGGAGACGCCGUAGAGACGCCGGACCCCGGCCAGAACAUUCUAUUCAUGUUAUAAUAAUGUACAUAGUGUGGGAUUCAAAGUGUUGGCCUUUUUAAAGAUGAACUGCAAUAAACAAGCUCUGAGACAGAAAAAUGAGUGAGUGUUUUUUAGCAUAACAUUAACAUUACAGAAUGAUGUAUUUAUACUAUGAAUUAUGCUUAUAAUAAAUGCGUUUAUAUUGUGUUUAUGUAUAUUGUGGACAUGAUGUCGAUUACAUAAUAAAAAAAUAAAAAAUCUGCUGAAAGCAGAAGAAGCGUGAUUCUCGGGGGUUAAGACGCGCCCUUGUAGGCUAAGUUCCUCAAACAUUGAGGUUGAUGUCAGAGAUUGCUGCGUUGCUCACGAUGAAGAUCUAUGGCUGGAUAGCAGUGGCUGGGUGGCUCGUUCAGGCUCAACAAGGGUCCCCUCCCGAGGUGCACGUGUCUGAAGGGAAAACGGUGGAGCUCAAGUGUCCUCACGCCUCUGCACUCCUGGUCCGGUGGGAAAGAUACAUGGGAGGGACCCUGAACAACCUACUGGACCACAACAAGGAAGGACACUUCAGCCUGGCCGCGGACAACCGCUCUCUGAGGGUGCAGCGGGCGUUAUCAGAGCACAGCGGCAUGUACCUCUGCCAGGGUAAGAACACAGUGUACCUUAAGGUGGAUCCGCCCCUUCAGGAGGACCAACCAGGAGCCUCGGUGGAAAAUGAGUCAGUGGAUACGACCACCCUGUUACCGGGAUCUGCUGACCACUGGAGGAUCCCGGUGGGCGUGGCGGUGGGCCUGGCACUGGGAGUGGCACUGGGCGCGGCCCUGCUCCUUCUGAUUCAUAGGAAGCAUCGUUUCAGGAAAACACUUCAGAACCACAGGAGCGACCCUACACCCGACCCCGUCAUGACCUCUGACCCGACCUCUGACGGGCUGUAUGAAGAGAUCCCGGACCAAGGCGACGUCCUGCGUCGGGAAUCAAGCGGUGGAAACGUUUAUCAGCUGGCCUAUGCCCCGCCCCACGGUAACCAGCUCUACGCCACUGUUAAUAAACCAAGGAGCGCUAGCCCGCAGCGCUAGGAAACUACGCUACCCUCUGCUGCUCUCUAUUGGAGAGAAUUCUGACCAAUCACAUCCCUCCUGUGGGGAAAAUUAUAAUGUUGUAAUGUUUCAGAUAUCUGGUAUUUCGUGUGGGUGAUUAUGAGUGACUUUCAUCAAUCAAUAUAAUGUUCUGAAUAAAUGCUCUGUAACCGAAAAAAAAUACAAGACUUGUGGUGA